AUUAAUGGUGCUGCUAUCUUCUUAUCUUGUUUAUGUGGCAUGAACUACUCCUUUGAGAUUCCCAGUCACACAAUAUCUUGAGCUUCUCCGAACCUAUACCUUUAAAAAAGAACACCGCCCAUUCCCGAAUAAAUGGCGGCUGCCGCACCCAAACUCGCCGCCACAGGCAUUUUACCAAUCCCUAGCCGGCCCAACUGCCGCCAUAAACCACCGUCGUCUCUCCUCCAUCCACCCACCAACACCACCACCUCCGAUGGUCGAACCCCAAGACUCAGAAUCUCCAUCAACACCUUUACUGUCCAGAGAAGCUACAUUUGCCAGGCCGCAGAGGCGUCGGCGGCGGAAGGGCCGUCAGCAUCGGGAGGCGGAGAGGGAUCGAACAACUGGGUGCCGGUUGUUCCCCUGGACGCGCUGCCGAGAGGAGAGCGGCGCGUGAUCACCCAAGACGGCGAGACCAUCCUGCUGCUCUGGUAUAAAAAUGACGUCUUUGCCAUCGAGAACCGAUCCCCUGCAGAAGGGGCGUACACUGAAGGCCUCCUCAACGCCAAGCUCACUAAGGAUGGGUGUAUUGUUUGCCCAACAACUGAGAGCACAUUCGAUUUACGAACCGGAGAAGUAAAAGAAUGGUACCCAAAGAACCCAGUUUUGAGAGUUCUGUCUCCUUCACUGAGAAACCUGCGUGUUUAUUCUGUCAAAACAGACAACGAAUGUGUAUACAUCAGCACGAGAGGGGCGAAAACGGACGCAUCUGCUGAGAUUUUGUUCAGUGGAAAGGCUCAGCCCGGUGUUACUGCAACUGAUGUCAAUGUGGACGAGGUGAGGAUGGUGGUGGGAGAGGAUGAAGAGGGCUUUGGUUUCACAAGAAGGAAUGAGGUGAUAAAUGGAAAAGCUGCUGCAAUUGGGUUUCUGCUGCUGCUAGGCUUUGAACUUCUUACUGGUAAAGGUCUUCUCAGAGGGACUGGAAUCUUGGACUUCAUUCACUCUUUCUCCAAAUGAAGUUUAGGGACACUUUUUUUUGGGGUCUCAUAUGGGCUAUAUAUCUUGUGGGAGUAGUCUAACUUCCCAUCACAUCCAAAAGGGGAAAAGGGGAGGGAGAGCUUUUGAAGCUCAAGUCAAGUGUAUCAUUGAUCUAUUUCUAGUUUGAUUUCUCUCUAUGUGCCUGUGAAACACUCUGAUGUCAAAGUGAUGUCAAAAAGUGACGUCCCCUAGCUAUUUUUUUGUACUCCGUAUGAACAUUCACACGAAUCUUGGAAUUAACAACCUUGUGUUAA